AUUGAUCUCAUGAAAAAGCAACGGUUCACGUUGAACAAUUACAUGUCAUCAUGUUACAGUACAAAAAGGUACUGUACAUGAACAAAGAAAACCAAAUAAAGAAACAUUAUUAUUAUCAGUUAAGUUUCCUCGAAGAGACCUUUUAAUCGAACUUUGUUCAGUCAAUUUAUUACUAUGUAGUCAAUACUCAAUAGUCAUCUCAUAGGAAAUUGGAAAUAUUUGCUACAUUGAUGGCAAACAAUGAUGUUGUUCCUCAUGAAGCUCCCUCAGAUGGAAGAAAAUCAUUUGAUCCUCUCAGGAUGAUCACAAACCUUCAUUGGAAAGACUUCAUUGAUUCUAAUUGGAAGGACACAAAUUAUAAACGAAGAGCCAUUGCAAGCCUUGUACAGGCAGUAUACUUGCUUGAACUCGAUAGGCAGGACAACAGAACACAAGAAGACUCUCUAGCUUCAAGUUUUUGGAUUCCUUACAAGUAUAAGCCAACACAAAUAUUGAUUGAUGAAAGAGAUGGAUCCAUUUUUGGUGCAAUAUUUGAAUGGGAUCGAUCUGCAGCAUUAUUUGAAUUCAAACCAUUUAAACCAAUCGGUGCCCCCAGAGCUGUUUUAGCACUCAGAGGAACAUUGAUCAGAUUCCCUACAAUGCGAAGAGAUUUUGAAGAUGAUUUCCGCUUCGUUGCUUGGGAAAGCUUGAAGGAUUCUGUGAGGUUUAAAGUAGCUAUUGAUGCUGUAAAAUCAGUUUCCGAUACAUAUGGAAGAAGAAAUGUGUGCAUUGCAGGGCAUUCUUUAGGGGCUGGAAUUGGUCUUCAAGUGGGAAAAGAAUUGGCAAAGGAAAGGAUAAAUGUGGAAACACAUUUAUUUAAUCCACCUGCAGUUUCACUUGCUACGACUCUUAAUAUUGGAGAAAAUGCUGAAUAUGUUUGGAGUCGAAUUAAAUCUAUGCUUCCUUCAAGUCGUGAAGCUCAAGUCAGCAACGAUGUGGAUGAGACUUACAUGGACGAGACUCGCGUUAUACGAUUGAAGAGAAUGAUGCCUCGAUUAUCGCACUUGAUGGAUGCUAUUUUAGGAACUGAAAAAUGGGUUCCUCAUUUUUAUGUUAACAAGAAUGACUGGAUCAGUUACUUUUAUAUCCAUACCGAUGGAACAAGAGAGGAGAUUGCCAAUGUGGAGAAUAUGGAUCCUACAAAUGAACAAAAUGAAGCCAAGUUGUAUGUUUUCUCGAAGGAAGACCAGAAAUUUCUCGAGGCUCAUGGCCUGAAACAAUGGUGGUCAAGUGAUGGUAACAUGGAGCUUAAACAUGAUAUCCGCAAUAGCGAACUCGUAAUCAGGCAACUUAAAUCUUUGAACACCGGUACACCUUCUCAGGUAGCACUUUUCUAUUAUCCACAAUAUGUUUCAUUUGUCACGAGUCGCAUAAAUAUAACAGAAGCGACAGAUUAUGUUUGGAAUAUACUUAAAUGUGUGCCUCAUCAUAUAAGUGGUAAAGCUCAAAUCAGCAACAACGGAGAAGUGAGUUCAGGUAUAAGUUUGAUGGGUUGGAUGCCCCAAUUAUCUGGCUUGAAGGAUACCGGUUAUUGGGUGUGCAAAUGGAUUCCCCGUCUAUAUGUUAAAGAGAAUGUUGGCGCCGAAGAGAAGAUGGUUAGAAAGAAGAAUAUGGAUCAUGAAGACGGUCAAAUUACUGCAAAUUUGUUUACUGUCUCCAAGGAACAAAUGAAAUUUCUUGCAGCUCAUGGUUUGGAGCAAUGGUGGCCAAAUGACUCGGAACUUCAGCAAACUAAACUCAUAAGCAGGCAUAUUAAAUCUCUAUACACUUCUACACCUUGGGAAGUAAUAAAAGGAUCAAAUGGUUCUUUUCUUUCACCUGCCACAUGUCUUGGAGAAAAGGAAGAAUUUAUAUGGAAAUGGAAUAGUCUUAAAUCCAUGCUUCCUUCUAGUAGUGAAUCUCAGGUGCGCAAUGAUGAUUACGAUUCAGGUGUUGGUUUGAAGGGUUGGAUACCUCAAUUAUCUGGCUUGAAAGAUGCAGCUUAUUGGGUGUGGAAUCGGGUUCCUCAUCUGUAUGUUGACAAGAAUUGUGACACAGAAGAGAAGGAAGUUGAUAAGGUGAGUGUCGAUCCUGUAAAUGAGAAAAUUACUGCAAAGUUGUGCAUUGUCUCCAAAGAGCAGCAGAGAUUUCUUGCAGCUCGCGGCUUGAAACAAUGGUGGCCAAGUGAUGCAGAACUUCAGCUAGCUAUUCAUGAUAGCAAACUCAUAAGCAGGCGAAUUAGAUCUUUAUCUACCAAUACGCCUUGGGAAGUAACAAAAAGAAUGAAUCCUUUUAUUUCACUUCCCAUUUGUCUCGAUAAUAUCGGACACAAAGAAGAAUUUGUAUGGAAAUGGAAUUUUGUCAAAUCCAUACUUCUUUCAACAAAUGAAACUCAGGUGAAUAGUGAUGAUGAAGAAAACAAGACAUCAAGUAUACCAUUGAAGAAUUGGAUGCCUUCGCUGCCAGGCUUCAAGGAUGCUGGUUUUGCAGUGGUCAAACCGGUUCCUUGGCAACUUAGAUCUUUAUCAUUUGUUACUCCAGCCAUGAGUCUUGGAAAUAGUGAAGAAAAGGAAAACUUUGUUUCAAGUAGUGAAACUCAAGCAAGCAAUGAUUCAGACAAGACUUCAUGUGUAGGCUUGAAGAGCUGGAUACCUUCAUUAUCUGGCUUGAAGGAUGCUGCUUUUGAGGUGGGAAAAUUGGUUCCAUAUUUGUAUGCUAACAAGAGUGGCGGCCAGAAGAUGGUUGACAAGGAGAGAAAGGAUCCUUUGCAAUAACACAGGAAAAGCCUCAAAUUAGCAGUGGAUUUAUUACAUAGUUUGAAAAAUGACUAGUUUUCAAUUUUAACAAUGCAGUUUGCAGUUUGGUUUUACUUUUCAGUUUAAGCUGGUAAAACUCUAGGAGUAUAAACUCCAAUAGCAUUAUUAAGUAGUGUCAAGUGAUGAACUCUUCAUCUGAAUAGAAGUGAAAACAGUUGAAUGCCUAUGAUAUUAGAUGAGUGAUUAGCAGUUGAAAGCUUCUGUAAGAUAUUGAGAGAUCUCUACAUGAUGUCAGGCUGUCAGCUGUGAUUUGUUUAUAAAUAUAUGUUUUGGUAUC